AAAGAGAGAGAGAAAAGAGAAGCAAGACAAAGGCCAGCUGAAGAACCAUGGAGGAGGACAUCAGGAGAAAAGGGAUGCUUUAUCUUCAUCAGCAACGCUUCGGCAAGAGAUGGAGGAAGGUGUGGUGCGUGCUGGCGGCGGAGAGCAGACGCAGCGUGUCACGGCUGGAGCUGUACGAGCACAAACAGUCCUCCAUCAAACAGGGCUCCAGCAAACGCAAGCCCGACUACAAACAGGUGAUCCGGCUGCGAGAGUGCAUCCAAAUAUCAGAAAGAGAGAUAGCCGACUGCCCCAAAGACUGCGUCGCCUUUUACCUCGAGACCUCAGACAAACUUUACUUGUUCGCUGCCCAGCGUUCAGAGGUGAAGGGCUGGAUCAAGAGUCUGUGCGAGCAGGCGUUCCCUCACACAGAGAGCUGUAACUACGAACAUGUGAGCAGUUCCGACGCCAGAGUAAUGCAGGAAAACUCACUUUAUGACACAGCAGAGAGCGUUCGGGAUUUUCUGGUGAUGGCAGUGGGCACAGAGGCUGCUGUUCGGUGCAGUCUGUAUGGGGAAUAUAUCCUCACUCCCCUGCCGGACUGCUUACUCCUGAAGGAUGUUAAAACUAAGAAAGUGCUAUUCAAAUGGAUGUACUGUUAUGUAAGGAAGUUUGGACAAGACAAGCUGUCUUUUUCCUUUGAGGCUGGUCGCAGAUGUGAGUCCGGCGAGGGGAAUUUCGAGUUUGCAACCCAUCAGGGUGAAAGACUGUUCAACAUUGUCAGUGCAGCCAUCCAGAAUCUACCCAGACCCUCCACAGCAAAGCCAAUCAGCCCUGACCAUGUAGAACAAAGUCUAGCUCAAGAAACCACAGCCGCAAAUGAAACGUACAACUACACCAUAGAUAGUCAAGAGUCUGACUUUUUGCCUGAGGGGAAAAUGCAGAAAGCAUCAAAAAUGCUCAACCCCUCUUGGAGGAGCUUUUCUUUGAAUGCAAUUGAACCACAAAGUGAAAGUCAAGUGUCGAGCAUCGACGCCGGCCCCGAGAAUCAGGAACCCAUCUACGCCACAGUGUCAAAGGCUCAGCAAAAAGCCAUUUCCCCUACAGACCCUCAAAUGCACUGGCAAAACCUGAGAAAAGCUCUCCAGCAGUCUGAGACUUUCCGAGACUCUUUCAAGACCGACGCUGACAUUUCGCAGCUGUCUGAUUUCGUGAUCCCCUGGGAAGAGGGUGCGCAUGAAGAGACGGAGGCCGCAGAAGGUUCGACUGACUUGUUGGAUGAUUCCAUCCAGCAAUUAGCAAUUAAUGACGCAUUACAGGACAUCAGUGCAGAAGCAAUUUAUGCAGAACCACAGGACUUCCAAGCCAGAGCUGAGUGGGUUGUCGGCUGUGUUUAUGAUGAACCGGAGGAGGUCAUCAAGGCUAAUGAAAGAGCUCAUGAUGGGGCAGACCACCUAGCCGAGCAUGACUUCUUCUACAGCCCUGACAUGGGCGCUACACAGGCCAUGGCUGCCCUCUCCAACCCUGUUCAAAGUUCAGAUGAGUUCUCAACUUACGACAACUUAGGGUUGAAGGGAAGACGCGUGUAACAUAGCAUGUUCAUUCAACAAUCAUAAAUUAAGGGGGGAAUUAUUAAUAAUUGUGUCUGUUGAAAGCAAUAUUUAUUUGUAUACGCUAAUGUCAUAUUAAAAUAUACAGUUGGGCACACACACACACUUAAAUUGUAUAUCGCAAUGUUACAAAAAUCU